CAAGCCACGCAAAGACACACUAACGAUAAUCAGUGACCACCUCAGCAUUGCUCUGCGUGUCGCGAUGCGUCAGGGAGACAAACUAUAAUGGCGCUGAGUGAUGGACGAGAGGGCGUAAGGAUAACAGAACCAGUGCAGUCGGUGAAUCUUUGGUGGAGUGACUAGUGCAGUACUGGUGACUCUCCGGGUUAUGUAACGGCGAGGAGCGGCGUGCGAGGGCAGCAGACGGCGGCAAAGGAAGCUACUGCCCCUCUAAUCGCCAAUGAACCGACGGCGCCCAAGGUCCUCACCAGCGUGCCGGGUCCCGCCACAAAGCAGCACCUGAAGGAGCUCAACGCGAUACAGGAGUCGGGAGCCGUGUCUCUGUUCGUGGACUAUGAGCGCUCCCUCGGGAACUACAUGGUGGACGCCGACGGGAACACGAUGCUGGACGUCUUCACGCAGAUCUCCUCCCUCCCACUGGGGUACAACCACCCAGACCUGCUCAACAUCCUCUCAGACCCCAGCAAUGUGAAAGUCUUCAUCAACAGACCAGCCCUCGGUUCCUUCCCGAGUUCCACGUGGCCAGAGGACCUCCGUACCUCCCUUCUACAGGUGGCGCCCAAGGGUCUGCAGCACCUGUGCACCAUGGCGUGCGGCUCCUGCAGCAACGAGAACGCCUACAAGGCCAUGUACAUUCGGUACCGCACCAAGGAGCGCGGGGACAAGACGGACUUCACGCAGGAGGAGCUGGACAGCUGCAUGAUCAAUCAGGCUCCGGGCUGCCCCUCCUACUCGUUGCUGUCCUUCCAAGGCGCCUUCCACGGCAGGACGAUGGGCUGCCUGGCCACCACGCACUCCAAGCCCAUCCACAAGAUCGACAUUCCCUCCCUGGACUGGCCCAUCGCGCCCUUCCCUAUUUACAAGUACCCGCUGGAGGAGCACGUCAGGGAGAACAAGGAGGAGGACCGCCGCUGCCUUGAACAGACUGAGGACCUGAUCCACAAGUACAACAGCAUGGGCAAGCCUGUGGCGGGGAUCGUGGUGGAGCCCAUCCAGUCUGAGGGCGGCGACAACCACGCGUCUUCGGAGUUCUUCCAGGAGCUGCAGCAGAUCAGCAAGAGGACCGGGGCGGCGCUGCUGAUAGACGAGGUGCAGACGGGCGGCGGACCCACGGGCAAGAUGUGGUGCCACGAACACUUCGACCUGCCCGAGGCCCCCGACGUGGUGACCUUCAGCAAAAAGAUGCUCACUGGCGGCUACUACAUCAAGGAGGAGUUCAGGCCUCCCCAGGGUUACCGCAUCUACAACACGUGGAUGGGCGACCCCUCAAAGGUGGUGAUGCUGCGCGAGGUGCUGCGCGUCAUCAAGCGAGACAACCUGUUAGACAACGCGAGGGAGACGGGCGACGUGCUCUACAAGGGCAUCGAAACACUGGAGCAGAAGUUCCCACAACAUAUUGAUCGGCUGAGAGGUCGCGGCCGAGGCACCUUCAUCGCCUUCGAUGGGAUCACUCCUGCCAAACGUGACGCCAUCAUCGGGAAGCUCAAGCUGCAAGGUGUGCACGCGGGAGGCUGCGGGGAGAAGACCGUGCGUCUCCGGCCUGCCCUCAUCUUCCAGCCCCUCCAUGCCCACAUCUUCCUGGACAAGCUGGAGGCGGUGCUGGCCUCGCUGUAAGGGCGCCGCGACUCAGCCCACUGUGGCGUCGCGCGUCAAGAAAUCGUGGGAAGAUCGUGCGACAUCAGCAGGAACGACAUUUUUUUUUUUUCUAUUCAUAACCAAGCCUGUGUGCAUUAUCUUAUCCACUUUCAUUUCGUGAGUUCGUCGGGUUUGAACUGUUAACGGGAAAAAGAUUGUGUAUUUUGUACUUGUGUGGUCAGGAUGUUCAUGUCCCCCCGCGCGGCGCCUCACACCUUGACUGCCGACGCUCGGCCUUCAAGCAAGCAAUGGCAAAACCUGGUGGUGAUUAUUGUUGCUAUCAUUAUGUACUAUUGUUUCUUAUGGUUAUCAUUCAUUCUGUUGUGUUGCUCCUCUCAUAUACUACACAGUAUUCAAAUGACUAUUUUUGUGAUAUAUAAUUGCUCUAUGAAAAUAAUUAAAAUUUAACUUUUUUACAGUUAAGAGAAGUAGCUGUAUGCUCGAGGUACAGCGAUAUAAUAUUGAUUAUUUCAAAUGUAUUUUGGCCUGUGGUCAAUCCCAUAAUUGCUGCCACAGUUAUCAGCUUCAGAUUUUGAUAAAACCUUAAGAUAUUGUUGAGACAUUCAGACAGGCUGGGGGUGGAGGUUACGAGAGAGACAGGUGUUAUAAAGUGAGGCUGGCACUGGAGCUUCCUCAUUCCUCUGAAGGAAGCCAAAAGCAAUACUAUCGGGAAUGAACUCACCUCAUAUCACCUGUCUCGCUUAACCUGCACCCCUAAAGACAUUAAUGAAGGAAAAUCUAGACUCCAGCAAAAUUGUGGUAAGGAAUCGUGCGGGAUGUGCCAAGUGGCGGGCUGGGCCUGCUGCAGGGCGCCCCGGCUGGUAAGUGUGGCAUGCUGGGCACAAUACUGGACCUUAAAUUACUGAUGCCAGUAUUCAAGCACUAUUUUCUCUUGCACUGAAAUUAUCUAAGAUUAUAUUAAUCUGCUACAGAAAGUAUAGAUGAAAUCACAAACACUAGGUAGAAAUUGGCAAUUUAUUCAUGCCAUAAUCCAUAAAAAAUAUAGGUAACCAUAAAUGAUAAAGGAGUAGGACACCAUAGCCUUGUUCUAGUAGCUAGUGGUCAUCAGCACAGCUUGUUGAAGCCAAACCCAGUACAUGCCGUGCACUUCAAAUAUUAAAAGAUUUCCGUUCAAAAAGAAAAUUUCACGUGAAUAAUUUGACAAGUACUAAUGUUUAGUACGCUGGAUUGUUUUCAGCAUACUGUAUAUACAUGUAUAUUGCAAUUGAAACAGGGUACCCUACAAUCGGACAGGGAAAUAGAAGCCUCAGGUAGUAUAGAGAAGCAACAUACUACUCAUGAUGACACCACACCUGCCUGCACGUCGAGGUUUACCCCAGUACUGUCACUACCAAACCAACCAAAACUUACACCACCAUGCAUCAAUCAGGGCUAGAUAGGAACCAGCCACUGCAUUAGGGAGCACUUAAUUAUUGCAUCCACACACACACACAAACAUGUGUGUGUGCGUGUGCAAAUUCUGUAGUUUGUCCCACAGCCCUGUAGUCACACAUCUUACGACUUUGUUACUCCAGACGGGUCAAGGUUGUUUUAACCACGCUGCAAUGGAGUGAUAUUUGGGCUUCCAUUUUGUGUUGUAGUUCAUGGCCGUGUUUGUGUGUUCUCAUAACUCAAGCUUUUUCUAUGUUCGUUACUUUCUUACCCAGCAGGAUUUAAAGUCCGAAAUUAACAUUCCACUUGCACGUUGUCUAUCCACGGAACGUUCCCCCUGCAGCUACAACAGUGCUUCUCUACACCAAAAUAAAAGUAUAUAUAUAUGGAAA